UAAGAAAGUGUGCAACCGGCAUUGAUGUAGUUAGCACACCGAGAAGCACCAAUGUGGGUCCUUCAAUUGUGCUUGACGCGGAUGUGACAGUCUUGCUGCCGCUAUUUUGUUCGAAAUAGUUCCGAUCUUUGGGUUGGGAAUUGGAUAAACAGUCUGUAGAAGAAUGAGUUUUAAUUUUGGUGCCAGUGGCACUGGAUUCAGCUUCGGGACGCAAAAGCCAGUUGCUGGGACCGCCCCUGCCACUGGCUUUGGUAUGCCUACCGCUUCCACUGCCGGCGUGGGUGGUGGCUUUUCGUUCGGAACCCCAAACCAAUCUCAGGCCCCUGCCGCUGUCCCUCAAGCCACCGGGAUGUUCUCAUCUCCCGCCCAAAGCAGCACUGGCACGACUGGCUUCUCAUUCGGCACUCCUGCAACAAGCGCUGCGGCAGGGGGCGGUUUCAGUUUUGGCACCAAUGCUUCAAAGCCCACGCUGGGUGCGCCAGCAGCCACACAGCCUGUCCCAUCGGGACUGACACUGGGUAUGGCAGCCUCUUCCCCAGCGGCAGGAUUCGCACUGGGGGCUGUGACCACCCAGACCACCGUGGCUCCAGCUGGUGCAGGGUUCAGCUUUGCCUCUACUGGUGGGAUGGGAGCCCCGGUUGCACAGACUCCGGCCCAGCCUGCUGCCACGGUGGCGCCGACUGCGGGGUUCUCCUUAGCGGGAGCCCCUGCCACCCAGCCCCAAGGAGGAUUCAGUUUCGGGGUACCUAAGGUCCAGGUCCAGGCAAUCCCCACCGCUGCUCCCACAGUUGCACCAGGAGGGGGUGGGUUCUCGUUUGGGACCACCACCACUGCUGCACCUGCCCCAGCGCAGCCUUCUGCCACCCUCUCCCAGGUGGUUCAGAACCCAGGUGAAUCCACAGGUCUGACUCUGGGUUCAACAGCCCCUGGGACUACAACAGCCCCAGGGACUACCGCCCAGGGGGGGGGCUUCUCGUUUGGAAUCAAACCAUCAGCCACUCCAGCUCCUGCCACCACUGCGCCAGUGAGCCAGCCGGCCCCACCAGCUCUCUCCUCCCUCUUCUCUGCCUCCACAGCAGCAGCCCCCAUCGCAUCCACAGCAACAACAGGUUUCACAAUGGGAAUGGCGACCGCUGCUGCAGCUGCAGCCCCUACGACCACCUCGGCUGCCGGCUUCAUGCUAAAGCCUCUGGGAGCUGCAACCAUCAGCACAGCCACAACAGCUGCUCCUGUCUCCGGUGCUGCCACGGCGUUCUCUCAGUGUCUGAAGCCUGCGGCCCCCACUGUCACUGGACCUGUGGCUCCCAUCACCAGCACAGCCAUCUCCACCACCAUCGCUGCUGCCAGCGCACCUCCAGUGAUGUCAUACGCCCAGCUAGAGGCUCUGAUUAACAAGUGGAGUCUGGAGUUGGAGGACCAGGAGAGGCACUUCCUCCAGCAGGCCACACAGGUCAACGCCUGGGACCGCAUGCUGCUGGAGAAUGGAGAGAAGAUCACAUCUUUACACAGAGAGAUGGAGAAGGUGAAGCUGGACCAGAGAAGGCUGGACCAGGAGCUGGACUUCAUCCUGUCUCAGCAGAAGGAGCUGGAAGACCUGCUGUCUCCGCUCGAGGAGUCGGUGAAGGAACAGAGCGGCACCAUCUACAUGCAGAACGCAGACGAGGAGCGCGAGAGAACGUACAAGCUGGCUGAGAAUGUAGAUGCCCAGCUGAAGAGGAUGUCCCAGGAUCUGAAGGAGAUCAUUGAGCACCUCAACACGUCCAGCGGGCCUGCCGACACCAGUGACCCGCUUCAGCAGAUAUGCAAAAUCCUGAACGCACACAUGGACUCUCUUCAGUGGAUCGACCAAAAUUCAGUGCUUCUGCAGAGGAGGGUAGAGGAGGUGUCCAAGCUCUGCGAUAACCGCCGCAAGGAGCAGGAGAAGAGCUUUCGCAUCACAUUCGAAUGAUUUGUUUGUGUAGAAAUAUAAAUAUCUAAGCAAUUAAAAUUAUUUUGUUUGUUUUUUGUUACAAUAAAGGAUUUGACUUUUCA